AUGGUUGCAGAAACAGAGAAACCACCUAUACAAUUAGAUGUUUUGAAUUCAUUUCACGGAGCGAAUUAUAUCACUACCAUUGACUUAAAUAAUGCAUAUUUUCAAAUUCCGAUAAAUAAAGAUGGUAGAAAAUAUACUGGAUUCACAUUCAAUGGAAAGUCAUAUGUAUAUAAUGUUUUGCCGCAAGGAUUAAAAACAUCAGUAGGAAGCUUUAGCAGAGCCAUGAAUUUAAUAUUAGGACCAGAAGUCCAAGAAUUUUGUGUGAACUAUUUAGAUGAUCUAGCCAUUAUUACAACAGGAACGUUAGAUAAACAUUUGGAGCACAUUGAUAUUGUUUUAAGUAAAUUGAACAAAGCUGGCUUAACGUGUAACUUGCAGAAAUGUGAAUUUAUUUGUAAAGAAAUUAAAAUGCUGGGUUUUAUAAUUUCAACAGAAGGCAUAAAGACAGAUCCCGAUAAGAUUCGAGCGAUCCAAGAGUUUCCAGCACCUAAAAAGAUUAAACAAUUAAGGGCCUUUUUAGGUCUAUGCAAUUUUUAUAGAAGGUUUAUACCAAAUUACAGCGAGAGCAUAAUACCGCUCUGUGAAUUACUUAAAAAGGGACGAAAGUUCCAAUGGAGCGGUAAAGAACAGAAGGCAUUUGAUUUUAUAAAACAACAAUUUAUUAAUACAAUACAAUUGCAUCAUCCAGACUUUACUAAGCCGUAUUAUUUACAAACAGAUUGUUCCGGUGUGGGUAUGGCCGGAGUACUAUAUCAGAUAGAUGAUAAUAAUGAAAUGAGAAUUUUAGGCUAUCAUAGUAAAGCCUUAAAAGGCCCCGAAUUAAAUUGGUCUGUUACUGAACAAGAGUUUUAUGCUGUAAUAAGCUGCCUAAAGAAAUUUGAAACAUAUUUGAGGGGCAGUAAAGUAAUAAUACUAACUGAUCAUAAAGCAUUAUUGUUUAUUAAUAAUAUGAAGUUAUUCAAUGGUAGAGUAACCCGAUGGAUUUUGUAUAUAGAACAAUUUAAUUAUGAAGUACAGCAUAUAUCGGGUAGACGUAAUAUUGUUGCAGAUGUGCUAUCACGUUAUCCUCCUGAUGGCGAUUUAAUACAAGAGGAUAAAAAUAAUAGUUUAGAAAUUGCUUACACAGAGAGCGAACCGAAUAUUGAGUUGAUAGAAAAAUUAAAAUCCUUAUCAGUAUAUCAAUUACAAGAUUCAGAGUCGUUGGCUAUUAUUGAAAAGUUAAAGACAUUAAAUACUUCCAUAAUAAAACAAAACAAUAAAUUUAAAAGAUAUAGUUUGAAAAUUGAUGUAUUAUAUUACAAAACGAAUUUACAAGAAGUAACAUAUUUACCUAAAGCAUUGAGACAAGAUAUUAUAAAUCAAGUGCAUGUCGAAAUGGGUCAUCAAGGACCCUAUAAGGUAAUUAAAUAUGUGAGAGACAGAUUCUUUUGGAAAGGUUUAACAAAAGAUAUUAAAAACCAAUUAAGGGCUUGUCAUUUAUGUCAGUUAUCUAAGAAAAGCAAUAUAACAUAUGUGGGUCCCUGCAAAUCUAUAAUAACAGAAAACAUUGGCGAUAUAGUCAUGGCAGACUUAUAUGGACCACUUGUAUCAGGUACCUUUGGGUACACUUUCAUAUUUGUCAUUCAAGAUUCAUUCAGUAAAUUUAUCAAAUUAUAUCCUUUAAAACAGUCAACAGCAAAGUCUGUUGUAACAAAAGUAAAGCAUUUUGUUGAGAUUAUAAAGCCCAAGGCAAUAAUGACAGAUAAUGGAAAACAGUUCGUAAGCUUCACGCCUUGUGAGAUUCUUUAUGGUGAGUCUAAUGAGAUGUCUUUUGACAAAGUAAUUUCCAAAAGUAAAGACAAACAUAAUGUCGAACAAAUUAGACAACAAAUGCGUAAAAAUUUAAAAGAGGCAAGUCGAAUAAGAAACACAAAAUUUGAUAAGCGAAAUAGAUUAAUAAAAUAUAAUAUUGGUGACUUAGUAAAAAUUUCAAGAUCUAGUAGAUCAGACGCUGAUAAUAAAGUUAUUAGUAAGUUCAAUUUCGCAUAUGAAGGACCUUAUGUAAUAGCAGCCGUACCAUUUGACAAUGUAUAUACCUUAGCAAAUCCAGAGACAAACGAAAUUAGAGGAAUUUUCAAUGCUAUUCACUUAUUAAAAUAUUUUAAAUAA